GUCCUCAUUUCCGGAGCGCAAACUCUGGGCCAGGCCCGCGCUGGUUGGGGAGGAGAGCCAGGUCAGAUGCGGGAAGACAACCGGACUCCGCCAGGGCCACCCAGCCCAGCCGGGAGAGGAGCCCGGACAGAAAAAGGAGACAGAGGGGCUGUUGAGGAGGCUCGAGGAGUCAGAGCCCUGGUGAAGUGAGGGCUUUCAGGGAAAAGGCCUAGUUGGCUGAAAGUUAAGGCCCCCAGGCCCACCUAGAGCCUUCAUCCUUUGCAGACUAGGAGCAGGAGACCCCUCCCCACUCUACUUCCACUGCCUGAGCUGUACCAUGCCUCACAGCCCAGACUCUGGAAGAAUGAGGUCCUCCCUGACACCUUUGGGGCCCCCUGUGAGCCGUGACCGUGUCAUCGCCAGCUUCCCUAAGUGGUACACGCCGGAAGCCUGUUUGCAGCUCAGGGAGCACUUCCACAGGCAGGUCAGCGCUGCCUGCCAACGCAGGAACAUGGGGACUGUCGGGCUCAAACUCUCCAAGGUGGUGAUGGUUGGCGAUCUCUACGUGGGGAAGACCAGCCUCAUCCACAGGUUUUGCAAGAAUGUUUUUGAUCGAGACUACAAGGCCACCAUUGGGGUGGACUUUGAAAUUGAGCGCUUUGAGAUUGCUGGGAUUCCCUAUAGCCUCCAGAUCUGGGACACAGCUGGGCAGGAGAAGUUCAAGUGCAUCGCAUCUGCCUACUACCGGGGUGCCCAGGUGAUCAUCACGGCCUUUGACCUCACUGACGUGCAGACCCUGGAGCAUACCAGGCAGUGGGUGGAGGAUGCUCUGAGGGAGAACGAGGCAGGCUCCUGCUUCAUCUUCCUCGUGGGAACCAAGAAGGACCUUCUGUCAGGGGCCGCGUGUGAGCAGGCUGAAGCAGAGGCUGUGCACCUGGCCAAGGAGAUGCAGGCCGAGUACUGGUCGGUGUCGGCCAAGACCGGCGAGAAUGUGAAGGCAUUCUUCAGCCGCGUAGCUGCCCUGGCAUUCGAGCAGUCGGUGCUGCAGGACCUGGAGAGGCGGAGCAGUGCCCGGCUCCAGGUCGGCGAGGGAGACCUAAUCCAAAUGGAAGGCAGUCCGCCUGAGACCCAAGAGAUCAAGAGGCCCUCCAGCCUGGGCUGCUGCUAGCUGGGGCCUGCGUGGAAGGCCUGCGCUCCCUGCACGCACACGGACAGGAACUUCCGUGACUGCGGAGUGGAGACUGGAGCCCAGGCUCUGCAGCGUGUUGCCCUCAAGCUGUAGGCCCAUGUUCCAGUCCUUCCAGCCACCCACCAGGCUCAGCUCCAGGGCACAGUCACUUCUCUGUUGCAGGUUGGGCGCUAGAAAAGGCCCCCACUGGCUGCCUGGGAGCCCCACACCACUGGGCCAGUGUAGGCACUGUGGUGAUCCCCUGAAAGGCCAGUCCAUUUGCAGGGUCAUCAGACAGUCACCUUUGGCCUCAGGAGGCCUCAGAACUGCAAACUCCUGUGCCGGUCUAUACCCCUCAGCCAUGCCCACAUCAGCAGUCAACCCUGCACUCUUUCCCAGCGAUUUUGGAUGUGUCCCCCAGGAUUCAUCACAGUGUUCCAGGCAACCUGGACUUGUCACAGUCAGCACCUGAGGGAGAGGCCACCUGCCAUUCCCCCUGGGAGUUUUCUGUUGUCAGCAGGACUACAGUUCUGGGUCUCAGAGCUUCAGGCUUCACUAUCCUUCUGCCCCAGAUGCUCAAGGUUCCUGGGCAGACCAGCACCUCUGGAGGACAAUGGACAAAAGGUCUCUUAGACCUGUUCUGGCUGAAGGGUUGUCUCUGGCACCUCUGAGAUCACUAGGUCCUGCCCUCCUGGUCAGCAGGCCAGGAUGUGCAGAACAACCACUCAGGCCUUUCUGGCCCACCUGGACAGUGCAUUUGCCUGUGUGUUGCGGGAGGAAGGCUGCACAGCUGCCCUAGGGUAACUCACUCUGCAGCCCUUGAAUGUGGCACUGCCCUCCUCUGGCACUCAUGCUGGGCCUGUGCCCACUGCUGCCUCUCCAUGCCUCUCUCAUUGGCCUACACCUCUUAGGACCUUUGUAAUGGUGUCCAUGCAUCUUUGGAGGACUUCAGAGGCCCUGCCAAGUCUAGCAUGUUCCCAUCUCCAACACCGCCUCCUGCACACGCAGAGCAGGCAGAAAUACCCCACACAUUCCCCAGCCUCUGCCCAGUAUGCUCAUCCACGGGGUCUUCUCACUGCUAUGAACCAGCCCCACAGUCCCAGGCUCCUGUUGCCUGGCUGUGCCCACUCAUCCCACCCAUCUCGUGCUGUUGCUUCCUGUAGAUGGUGAGCACCUUGCGGGCAGCCUUCUGAUCAGUGCCAUUCUCCUAGGGCCUGGCACACUGCAGCUGCCCUGUAAAUGUUCAGCUCAGUGAUUGCCAAGUACCAGUUAGGGAAGAACACUGGCAUAUUUUUCUAUUCAUUCCCCCUUCAUAUUUUUUGUACUUUUUUAUAUAAAUGACUUUUUUUUUUUUUUUUUUUGCAAUGGAGUUUCACCCUUGUUGCCCAGGCUGGAGUGCAAUGGUGUGCGUGAUCUUGGCUCACUGCAACCUCUGCCUCCCAGGUUCAAGCGAUUCUCCUGCCUCAGCCUCCCAAGUAGCUGGGAUUACAGGCAUGUACCACCACGCCCGGCUAAUUUUGUAUUUUUAGUAGAGAUGGGGUUUCACUAUGUUGGUCAGGCUGCUCUCCUGACCUCAGGUGACCUGCCCACCUCAGUCUCGCAAAGCACUGGGAUUACAAGGGUGAGCCACUGCACCCGGCCGUAAAUUAUUCAUUUUUAUUUAUUUUUUGGGGGGGCAGGGGGGAUGGAGUCUCUCUGUCGCCCAGGCUGGAGUGCAAUGGCACGAUCUCAGCUCACUGCAAGCUCCCCCUUCCGGGUUCAUGCCAUUCUCCUGCCUCAGCCUCCCGAGUAGCUGGGACUACAGGCAGGUACGACCACACCCAGCUAAUUUUUUAUAUUUUUAGUAGAGACAGGUUUCACCGUGUUAGCCAGGAUGGUCUCGAUGAUCUGACCUCGUGAUCUGCCCGCCUCGGCCUCCCAAAGUGCUGGGAUUACAGGCGUGAGCCACCGCAUCCAGCCUCCAUAAAUGACUUUUAAAGGGGUUGUAUGCUUAGUGUGAACAAAGACAGUACAAAGCAUAUAAAAUACAAGGUGGAAGCCCCCCCGCCACAUUGGCUGCACCCCUGAAGUGUCUCCAGCAGAACAGAGAGAUGAAUGGAAGGACAUACAGACGGACAGAAAGCAGGAAAGACUGUUAGCUCUGCUAACAGUCGGGACUAUUCCUUCUGGACUCUGCGCCUUUGCCUGCACAGCCAGUGUUGAUGGCUUGUUUGUUGUUUUCACCAGAGUGAGCUCCUUCUGUACAUACUGCCUGGCAGCCUGCCUUCCUAGGGAGCUGGCACCAAGCCCUCUCCCUGAUGGCACACGAGAAGCCUCCUUCCUGUAGCAGUGCCCAGUUUUCCUUCACGUGGAUGGAUUGUAGUUCAUUUGACCCUCCCCAUCCACUGGCCAUCCGGCUUGUGUCCAGCUUUUAGCUCUUACCAAUGUUGCUGCAGUGGCCAUUCUUGCAGUUAUAGCUUUGUGUACUCAGGAAGGCCUUUUUCCGGACUGUGGCCCCCAGCCUGGUCCACUAAGUGCAGCCUGUGGUCGGGCAGACAGCACUGGGGUCCAUUAGGAAGACCAGGUUUGCUGGGCAUAAGCUUCACAGGAUGGGAGAACCUGCCCAUGGUGGACUAUCGUUCUCCACAGCUCCCUUCCCUUGCCCCUUCGGGCCUCCAGGAUGUGUUUGCAGGGGUGGGUGUGGUGUCCAGCUGUUACCAGCUUCUGAGCUAGAGCUGCACUGCCUCACAUAUACCCCCACCUCUGUAAAUGGUCCUUGAUUAAAUCCUCCUCCUAUUACCUCCUGCAAUGUGCCAGCUGAUUCCCGCACACUGUGACACAGUUGUGGCCUCUCCAACUUUGAUAUUUGGGCUGGGAGGACAGAAGACUAAGGUCGCCAGGGAAAUGCAAGGGGCUCAGUUGACCCCCCACCCCAAGUUGAUGCAGCAUCUUCUCGGUCAGAAUUGCUUCAGGGUGGUUUGCGCACCCUCACUUUGAUGAUUUAAUGAAGACAUUUCCUUCAUUCCCGGCAUCAGGCAGUAAGUUUUCUGGGCAGAGGCACUUUCUGUUGGUCUGGUCCUGCGGGCCCAGGCAGGCAGCCCCCUGCAGCCAAGGCAUGGCAAUGACCACAGUGACCACAUCCAAGUGCUGCCGAAACGCCUUUUUCCUCUUCGCUGUUUCCCUGGACCCUUUCCUGCUUUCUGUCCAUCUGUGUGUCCUUCCAUUCAUCUGUCUCUUCUGCUGGAGACACGUACCUGAAACAGGUCCUCUCCUGUCACUUCUUGGCUCCCCAGGGCUAGGUCCCAAGGUGCUCUCGCUCUGGCAUUUGAGGCUCCUCACCACCCAGCCCACCCCACCCCCACAGGCCCCUGUGCUCCAGUUUCAUCCCUGGUCACAAUGCAGUCUUUGCAGAUGCCAGGCCCCUCUUCUGUGCCCAACAGCUGGGACACCCCGACUCCCAGAGAGGCCUUUGUGGACACCCCCACAGCUCUCACAGCACUUGAUACCUUGAGUGUGAUUGGUCACAUCUGGGCUUUCUCCCCCACCCAUCUGUGGAACCCCAAGGGCCAGGACAGUAACCUCAUCACCUCUACUGUCUCCCCUAGCACCUCUGGGAGGAAGGGCCCACAGUAGGUGCUCAAUAGAUGUGUAAAGAAGGCAGGGAAGCAAGAAGGUUGCUCAAACAAGACCAUGUUCCCAGCAGACAGAUUGCACUCAGACCCAAGAUGCCACCACACGAAACUUAGACCUGCCUGGGGAACAGUCCUGUGCUUGGCUCUCCUUGGUGGCCAGGGACAGUUGUGCCUCAUCCCUCACUUGCAAACCCCAGUCCUGUCUGACCCAGAGACCCUCACAGGGCAUCAGCCAGUGAAGGCGGUUUGGGACUGGAGGAUAUGUUCUGAUCUUGGGAAGAGCUUGGUAGGAGCCAGCCACAGAAAGUUUCAGGGCAGAAUUGAACAGGUCUCGGGAAGGACACUUCAUGCCAGCUAGAGAGGCUCUGGGAACAGGAAAGAAUUGGACUUGGGGCAGAAAAACGUUUGUGCUAUUUAGUACUAUGUAACAAAUCACUCCAAAACUUCAUUGCUUAAAGCAACAAGCAUGUAUUAUUUCUCAUGAUUCUAUGAUUUGACCAGCUAUUUUCUGCUCCCUGCUUGGUGGCUGGGCCACUAGGAUGACUCUCCCAGAGUCCAAAAUGGCCUCCCUCAUAUGAGUGGUAGGUGGUGUGGCUCAGCCUGAAUGCUUGGCAGGGCCUUGCCACAUGGCAGCUUGGGCUUCCUCACAGUGUGGUGGCUGGUUUCUAAGAAGGACUGUUUCCAGGCCGGGCACAGUGGCUCACGCCUGUAAUCCCAGCACUUUGGGAGACCAAGGCGGGCGGAUCACGAGGUCAGGAGAUAGAGACCAUCCUGGCUAACACGGUGAAACCCUGUCUCUACUAAAAAUACAAAAAAAUUAGCCAGGCAUGGUGGCACGCGCCUGUAGUCCCAGCUGCUUGGCAGGCUGAGGCAGAAGAAUCACUUGAACCUGGGAGGCGGAAGUUGCAGUGAGCUGAGAUCGCGCCACUGCAUUCCAGCCUGGGUGACGGAGUGAGACUCUGUCUUUAAAAAAUAAAUAAA